AUGAAUUUGCUCUUCUGGAAUAUCCGGGGCCUGCUUUCCUCUUGCCGCAGGCUCAAACGGUUAAUCAGACAUGAGAGCAUUCACCUUUCUGCCAUCUUUGAACCUUUUUUAACCAAUGAUAAAUUGGACUCCUACAUCAGAACUCUUAAUCUCCAUAAAGGUUUUGCUUCUUCGGUUAGCAAAAUUUGGAUUCUCUGGUCUUCUUCUUUUAAUGUUGAGGUUUUAAUUGACUGUGAUCAAUUUGUUUACUGUAAAGCUUCCUUCAUUCCUUGGAAUUUUGACUUUGAGUUUGUGGCAGUUUAUGCAAAACACACCAGAACAGACAGGCAAAUUCUCUGGUCACAACUUAAUGCUAUAAUAGAGGAAAGCUCUUCACCACUGCUACUGGGCGGGGAUUUUAAUGUCAUAUCGAGCGUGGCAGAAUACAAAGGAAAUGCAACCCCUGAAUUAAAUAGCAUCUCAGAUUUCUCAACUUUCAUUGCUGACAACUCUUUGCUUGAUUUAGCAACCACAGGAGGCACUUUCACCUGGACUGGAACCCGAAAUCGGGGAAGAAUUUGGAAAAGGCUUGACAGGUUUCUUCUCUCUUCUUCAUUUAGAGAUUACUUUACUGAUGUCAAUAUUAUGCUUCUGAACAGAACUACCUCAGAUCAUGCGCCAAUUUUGCUUUGUGGAAAUAAAGCGGAUCUUUUGGGUCCUAAACAGUUUAGAUUUCAAAAUAUGUGGCUCAAGCAUGCUAGCUUUGAACAUUUUGUGAAAACAAACUGGUCAGUUCCUGCUAUUGGAGGGGGUAUGCGUGCUCUUGCAUUUAAACUUAAAAGACUUAAACAGGCACUCCGAGUUUGGAAUAGAGAGAUUUUUGGCAAUGUUUUUGAUCAAGUAAGGAACUUGGAUAAAUCAGUAUCAGAUGCGGAAAAAAGGUUUGAUGCUUCACCAACCCAAGAGAACCGAGAACUGCUAAGUUAUGCUCAAGCCUCCCUUCUCCAAGCUCUAAAGCUCGAAGAGAUCUACUGGAAACAAAAGGCUAGAGUUAAAUGGCUUAGGGAAGGGGAUGCCAAUACCAGCUUUUUUCAUUCUACGGUCAAAGAUAGACACCGUCGACAACGCAUAAGUGUAGUCAAAAACACAUCCGGUAGUCUUCUUACUAAUCAGGUUGAAGUCAAAAACACAUCCGGUAGUCUUCUUACUAAUCAGGUUGACAUCCAAUCCGAAUCCGGUAGUCUUCUUACUAAUCAGGUUGACAUCCAAUCCGAAGCAGUUAACUUCUUCACCUCUUUAUUUACAGCAGAUGAAAGUGCAGUUAACUUCUUCACCUCUUUAUUUACAGCAGAUGAAAGUGAAGAUAUGCAUGCUAUUCUUGACUGUCUGCCUACAAUCUUAACCACGGAAGAUAGUAUUGCUCUCCUGGCCCCCUUGAAUCGAGAAGAAGUUAAAAAUGCGGUGUGGGCUUUAGACCCGGANAUCCGGUAG